AUGAAACCCGAAACCUUGGGCAUGGAGGAGGAGCAGGAUGCCGGCGUGGCCCAGCUCUGGGAGGUGUUCGACGCCUGCGACACGGAGCGGACGGGACGCCUGGACGCCCGAGGCCUGCAGCUGCUGUGCCACAGGCUACAGCUGGCCAGCAGGGCGCCCGCCCUGAUCCACCACCUCUUCGGUCGGCGGAGGCAGGAGGGCUUGGAAGGGAGACCCACCGCCACGGUGAGUUUUGAAGAGUUCAAGGAGGGCUUCAUAUCGAUCCUGACUGAAGCGGAAGAUGAACCACCUGCGAGUGAACUGGCCACAAGCGAUGUUCCUGGCAAAGUUGGGGAAGCCGGGGACAGCCAAGAAGUUUCUGGCUCGAAGAAAGCUUCCAUGCUUGCCAGGAAAGCCUCUUCUCGGACUGGCCACAGGGGGGCCUCUAAGCACCGUCAUGCUAUCUAUCGGGAGGUGUCGCCAAAGUAUGUCCUGGGUGAGAAGAAGUAUGGCCGAAGGUCGCGACCAGCCUCACAGGCAGAUGUAGACGUGGAGAUCUCUUCGGAUGAGGAUUUCAGUGCUGACGAAGUCCUCAGCCCAACGACAGCCGAAGGUUCUAGCAACGUGACGCCAAAAGCUAACCCCAGUGACGUACAGCCCAAAACGUCGUCGGGUGUGCCCAAAGCGACCGCAGUCGUUUUGCCAACCAGCAUACUCCCUUACCCAGAGAGCGGCUUUGACGACUCUGGUCACUUGGCGGGAAAGUUUUCUUCGGGCGACUUCGGCUUGGCCCUCUCGAAGGACUCUGCGGAAGGCGCAAGGGAAUCGGAAGGGCCACUGAUGCCUCCGGCGUUGUUUGCCACCGGUUUCGACGUUGCGUCGUCUCCCAUGUUUGGACAGUCGUUCACCGUGGGCGGCGGCUCGGAGUCGGCCGAGUCUAGCCUCACGCUUCUAGAGACGAAUCCAGAGGAGUACCUUCGGGCCACAUGGCGGAAGUUGAACGUUGGGAGCGACGGCUAUCUGCAUGUUGACGAGUUGGCGGGUGUCUGUGAGCACAUUGGCAUGGAAAUGGAUGAAGAGAUGAUUGGUCAGCUCUUCCACACACUCGACUCCGACCAAGACGGCAAGAUCAGCUUUCAAGAGUUCCUCCAAGGCAUGUUCCAACACGGUCGAGCUCCGAGCAGUCGGAGUGUCACGCCUCCACCCCUGGCAUCUCCCCUGCCAGUGGUGCCACCGUCUCCACUGCCAUGUGCCAAACCUCUGGGCCCGUCCGAAUGUAGCAUGGCCAACCAAACGACCAACUCACCGGGCCAUCACCGUCAUCACCCUGGAUACCGGCGGAACCGCGGUGCCCAGAAGUUUAAAGAGGCAGCCACAGGUGACGACGAGAUGUCUGACCAGCCGGUGUCUGGAGCCGUCGUACCGAUCUGGGAGUCUGGCAUCUUUUCCAGCAUCGACCCCGACAACACUGGAUACGCCGAAAGUCAGGCCGUGGUGUCCUUUUGGGAGUCCCUGGGUCUCAGCGGUGGUGCCAGCAUCCUUAAGCAAUUGGGCUUCAACCCGAACCUGAAGGUGAACCUGCAAGACCUGACUGCUCAGCUCGAAGAGGAGAUGGCGUCGGUGAGCGCGGGCAACGCGUCCACGACGUACGCCUUCGCGCUCGCCUCGUACCAGCACGAGCUCACGCACCUCAAGACCAACUUCGAGCAGGCUCGGGAGGAGCGAGAUCGGCUUCGAGUGAACGUGGCCGAGGCCAACGCUCGGUCGGCGCUCAUCGCACAAGAAGUGGACGAGCACCACGCCAAGAUGGAGAAAGGCCUCCGAGAACAGGCUGCUGUGAGUCGAUAUACUUAAUCAGAUGAGACCCUGGAGAAGCGUCACACCGAACAGCUGCGUGAGGUGACCGAGGAACUCCAGCGGGAGCGGGAAACUACCACGCUGCAGCUGACGCGGCUACGACAGCGCAGCGAGGACGAGCUAUCCGCGCUGCGGGCCGAAGAACUCAGGUUGCGCGCCCAAGUGGCCACUCUCGAACAGGAGAAUCACCGCCUGGAACUGGAAGUGCAGGAAUACUCCGAACGCUACCGCGAACUCCACCGGUUGGGCGAGAGCCAGCAGAAGGAGCUGGAAAGCGUCGCGCAGCUCAAGCAGAAGAUUGCGGACUUGGAGUCGGGCCAGACGUUCCUUAAUGACGAGCACUACCAGAAGAUAUUGCAAGAACUCGACGUUAUGUGCAAACAGAACAAGGAGUUGAAGGACAGCAAUGACGAGCUGACGCUGGAACUGGAGACGCUUCGGCAGCAGCUCAACUCCAGCUCGACUUCCCGCUCUUCGGCGCACGGCAAGCGGCACCGGCGGUCGGGUUCCUGGGUGUCCGACUACUCGCGUCAGGGAGGGCUCAAACGCCGAGGCAGCGAGGCCUCUUCGUCCGGUGAUCGGACUGACGACAUCCCCAUCGCUGGCAAGAUACGCAGGCGAGCCGGGUUCUCCGUGAACGCUGGCUCCGAAGGCAUCCCGUGCGUUGCGGACGCGUACCAGCUGACGCUCGACGCCGACGAGUUGGGCGAGGCGCAGCGGGAACCGCUGGAGCGACUGCGAGCCCGGUUCGAGCAGGCGCUGCGCGACAUCGAGGAGCGCUGGCGUCAUCGGGUCGCCGAUCUCGAGGCCCAGCUGUGCGGCCAACCAGAGGUUGACAAGGACUCGAUUGACUGCGCGCAGUCGACCAUCGCCAAGCUGCAGGACGAACUGAGCAUGCGCAACGUGCUGGCCGAGCGCUUGCGUGCCGACGUCACGGCGCUGCAGAACCAGCUCGCCCAGCAGAGGGAGCAGCUGGCCUCCGAGCUCGCCGCCAGGGAACACGAGGUGGCGCUCCUGGGUGAGCAGAAGAGGGCCUCGGAGACGGCCGUUCAGACGCUCCAGGCGAAGUUAGACGAAGUGCAAAAGAAGGCUGCUGAAGAGCACAACAACAAGAGUGAGGCUUGGAACACGGAGCGUGAAGCCCUGCUCGCGAACAGUCGAGGCGAAGACGAAGCAGCUAGCAAGAGUUCAAGGCCUCUCUGGUUGAACCAACAAUUUCAAGCGAGGCCCUUAGCCGCCUUCAGGGUGAAGCGGAGCCCUCUCGGCUUCUGAUUCGAAGGCGAGACUCGUAGUCACCUGCAGGCCAUGUAUGAGUCAAAGCUGGCGGAGGUGCGGUGUCAGGUCGAGCAGGAUCUCGUGCGAAAGGUUCGCACUGAUGUGGAGCGUGAGCUGCGCACCAGCCUGGAGCAGAACCUAAGGUUGCAGCCCAGCCGGAGAGACAGUGACCCUCAGGCGCAGCUCAGAAGGCCACAGGACCUGACAGCCCAGCUGACCGAGGACAUUUGCCAGCUGCUCAGGCAGUGCUUACGAUGCAGCGCAGGCUCCAACGCCAACACUGACGUCGAGGUCGAAGGGAACGUCCCUAACCAGGCCUACAAGACAGAUGUUGACAGCGCACCCAGGUGGACGAUGGCGGUGAUCCUGGCCGCGAGUCCACACAAAGUGACGUCGGGAGCGUCCCUUCAGGAACAGCUGGCCAGCCUCAUCAGCAAGGCCAUCAGUGCCAUAGAACGUCACCUAGAGGCUCUGCACUUGCAGGAGCAUGAACGGCUGAGAAAGACUGCUGAAGAGCAGCUACAGCGACUCAAGCAAAAGCACAUGAUGGAGCGCUUGGAGUGUGAGCUUCAGCACAAUGAGGAGCUCGAGCGGCUACGAAAGCAGCAGCAAGAACAUCACCACCAUCAUCAUCAGCACCAGUCCUGCCCAGCUAGCCAACAUCAGCCAUCUGAGCAGCCUCAGCCGCAGCAGCUGCAGACGAGUGCAGUCGGACCGAGUAAAAUCGACACCCUGCUCAGAGACCUGUACGUAGAGAAUGCUCGGCUGCUGCGUGCCCUGCAACGUGCCGAGGACGGUCGAAGGCGUGCCGAGCACAACAGCACGCGCCUGCAGUACAAGUGUCGUGUUCUCAGCAAACUCCUCACCGACGUGACCAGGGCCGCGGUGGACGGUGGAAGCUCCAGAGUGGCGUGUGCCUGAACCUCCAGCCACAGCUUCGUUUUUUGAAGAUGAAGUUGCUUCAUUCCUGUAGUAACUAUGACAUAUCGAGCAAAAGGGAAAAAAAAGAAAACAGCGUGCCCCCAACAAUGAGUGGAACGCCAGUUUGUAAUGUCAUAGUUCACAGGUACAGGUAUGGUAAUGCAAAUGUGCGAAGCCACCUGGGAACACAGGACAAAGUGCUAGGUCUUUCCUGUGUCUGCAUCACCCUGUGACACAGGACAGGUGGCUGUGUCUAACCUGUGUCGGCACUCUGGCUUUUAACACGUACAGGACAGAGUGCUGUGUUGGUCCAGUGUGACUGCACGAUGUUCUGACAUCGGGCAGAUAGGGUGUGCUAUUCUGUCUUCCAAGGCAAGUUGUUGAUGCAGGAAAGACACAGCAUGUUGUCCUGUGUCAGGGAGGGUAGUGCUGGCACGGCAAAGACCCAGCACAUUGUCCUGUAUCUUCUGGUGUCUUGUUAUGUUUGUGCUGUUGUACCUAUGAACUUAACGUACCAGAGUUCGUUUUGCUUUCCUGUCUCGAUGCUGGUGGUUGCAGGUAGCAUUACAGAUGUCACUUCACCGAUGGUCAUCAUCGUCCUUUGUUCUUGACACAAGCCAUUGUGUGCCGUGCCUAUGGUUACUGUCAUGGGUCUCAUCAUUUUUUGUCUGCAACACAAGCAAGUUGUGUGCAGUGCCCGUGGUUAUUGACAAUGCCAACGGUUAUUCACAGUGACAGUGUGGAUUGCAAGAAUCAGUGACGUCGGCGACGAUCAACGCCUGUCCUCUGGAACAACUGUGUUUUUUUCUGCAGAAUGAACUCUGUAGUUGUCUGCAGCAGUGGCAGUUGCCUGCAACACCAGCAAAUGUGAAGAACAUCAACAGUUAUAAGGAAUGUCACUGUCAGCCAGCAGGGUCUCUGAGUUGUGCAAUGUUGGGACAGGCUUCGUGUCACAAAGAAUGUAUGUAUAAUCAUUUUAUGCAGCAAACAUCGACAGUGAACUAUGUGCUCGUUUUUCUUCCUCUGCCCUUGUCACUUUUUUUUCUUUUUUUACCUAUUGCAUAAAAAUUUGCAGUGAUGGGACUACUGAUUGUCAUAUAACUUUUGGGAUCCAAGAGGUAUACUCCCAGGCAACGGAAAUUCAAUUUGUAGCUGGAUUUGUUUAAACUUAAAUUUUGCACUUGGCAGAAGUUUUGGUUGCAUAAUUAAGCUCGGAUUGGAUGUAUGUCUGGUGAGAAAUUUAUCAGUUUUAGACUGAAUUUUCCAUAUUUUAGCUGCGCAUUCAUUAAUUGAAGCUGAAUUGUAAAGCAAUAGCUUAAUCAUAGAGCCGAGAACAUCAAUAGCUCGAAAAAUUUCUGGUUGUGUGAUCCAGCUGAAAGCUGAAACGUUUUUUCAUCUGGGAUACUACAUAAAGUGCAUAAGCCCUUAUUAAAAGUUUUUUUUUUUUGACAGAAUUGUGGAUUUCAGGAUGCUUAUCUUUACUUUUUUCGUGCCUUGUAGUAGAAAUGGCUUUUCAGGCAACUUCGAUCCAACGCGCUUUUCAUGGUCAAAUCCGAUCCUUAAAUAAAUAAAUUAAAUGAUGAACCAAUGUUCUCAGCCGAUUGUGUACUUCAAAAAUUUAAUAUUGGACAUUUUUGGUCAGCCUGAUUCAGACCACAGCGAAAAUAAUACGGUCAAAACAAUGUUUGCACCCUUUUUCUUGUGGAUGUCCUGUUUUCACGUUG